AUGGAGGUGCGAACAGAAAGACCGCGGACCGCCGGUCGAAUAGCACCAACCGGAAGAGUAACACCGACGGUGCAUCAAACCGGUGGAGGCCGAAGGAAAGCUAUACCGGUUCCACCACCUAGAGUGCCGACUCCCAUGCCCAUUGCAAAUAAUAAUCAACAAAGGAACAAUGCCAACGUUGUCGUCCCGCCCACCGUAUCGGCCGUGUCGAAGAAAGAGCCGCAAGAGAACAUUGCCCGGAUAGCGAAACGGUACCUCGACGAUAACAUGCAGCAGGCGUGGAUCAAUCCUCGUCUAAUAUCGAUGUGCACGCGUUAUCCUUGUUGUAAUGGAUUGAGAUGCAUAAUACCCUUUGUGGGACCAGGUGGUUUUUGCUCGACGGAUAACUUGUAAAAAAAUUAAUUUAAAUGAAUUGAAAAUUUAAUUUCUGUCAAUUUAUUUUAAUUUAUCCGAAUUGACGCUUUAGAGUCCGGAGGUGCAUUUAUGUCCCUAUAUUAUUUUAUAUAUAUCAUUUUUGGAUUUUAAUAAAUUGAAAUACGAAAUGAGCUAUUCAUCAUGUUGAACUCGGAUGUAUACUCAUGUCCGUAUUAUUUUUGUAUUAUUAUGUAUUUUAUUCAAAUAGAUUUGAAAAAUCAAAAGCGCCAAUUCGGAAAUGUCGAAAUGAAUUCAUUUCUAACCAUUUAAAUUCAUUUUUGUUUGCUGGGUUUGUAACCUCUAAAAAAAUGGAAGAAAUAUUAAAAUAAUCUGGCAGACUAGAGAGAAGAAAGUGAAUCAGAAGAACAUGUCGAAUCAUUUUAAAAUAAAAUAAAAACAAUACCA